AACACUGGUCGACACGAAAAAGGUUGUCAUGUCAAAGUCAUGGGCCUGUCCAAGUGUCCAACUCCAAAGUUAUUUACCUACUGAAAUAACCUACAAGUUCUCUACAGCAGCUGUUUAUUAGAAACUUAUCAAUAAUGGAUGAAAAUCAAAGUAAAAAAGUCGUGAAAGUAGUUGUACUUGGAGAUAUUGGCCGAAGUCCUCGUAUGCAAUAUCAUGCCCUAUCACUUGCUAGUAAUGGUCUCAAAGUGAACAUCAUCGGCUACUGUGAAUCCAAACCUCUUGACAAGAUAACAGAAAGUAACAAUAUCGCUAUUACAAAGUUAAAUCCCAUAUUAUUUGAUAAAGGGCCAAGGUUACUUCAGUAUGCCGUCAAAGCAAUAUGGCAAGCUAUAAGUUUGUUAAUAACUUUAUUUAUUACUGGAAAAAGUGACUAUUUACUUUGUCAAAAUCCCCCAGCGAUACCAACUCUGCCAGUGUGUCGCUUCUAUUGUUUGGUUACCAGGACCCGGUUUAUUAUUGACUGGCACAACUAUGCUUAUUCUAUCAUGGCAUUAUCUUUGUCUCCGCAACAUCCACUAGUAAAAAUAUCUAUGUUUAUUGAAAGAUGUUUUGGUCAAGCCUCAAACCAUAAUCUUUGUGUUACUAAUGCCAUGAAAGAAGAUUUGCUACUGAAAUGGAAUAUUGUUGCUAAAGUAUUAUAUGAUAGGGCUCCGAAGAUAUACCAUCCUAUCUCAACUGAAGAGAAACAUGAAUGGUUUAUGAAGAUUGGUAGUCAGUACCCCGAAUUCAUAACAUUUGAAAGAUCUCAGCUUAAAGAACAACCCAGUGCGACAACGGCUUUUACACAAUCAUCGGAAAAUGUAAUUAAAAUGCGCAAGGACAGACCUGGGAUACUAUUCAGCAGUACUAGUUGGACACCUGAUGAAGAUUUUAGUAUUCUGAUGGAAGCACUCCAGGUGUAUGAAACGACAUAUAACCUCACUAAGAAACUGCCAAGACUAUUAUGUGUAAUAACUGGGAAAGGUCCCAUGAAGGAGUUGUAUAUGCAAAAACUAUCAGAAAAAAGUUGGCAACAUGUAAGAGUCAUCACCCCUUGGCUAGAGGCCUGCGACUAUCCCACUAUGGUUGCGAGUGCAGAUCUGGGUGUCUGUCUUCACACCAGUUCAUCUGGUUUAGAUUUACCAAUGAAAGUUGUUGACAUGUUUGGUGCUGGACUGCCUGUAUGUGCUUUUGAUUUUGAAUGUCUACAUGAAUUGGUUCAAGAUGGUGUUAACGGAUAUACAUUUAAAAGUAGUGAUGAACUGUCCAAACUUAUAGUGAGAUGGUUUGUAAAUUUCCCUAAUAAUGAACAACAGAACAAUAUUUGUGAGAAAAUGAAGGCAGAAUUAGCCAAGUUUCAAAAGUCUAGAUGGGAAGACAACUGGAACUUGAGAGUGAAAUGCUUCUUUGAAUAACAUUAAUAAAUCAUCAUCAUACAGGCCAAGUAGUGCUAACAAUAAAAAUAUGUUAUCUCUCAUUUUUUAUUUAUAAAAAAAAUAUUAUUAUACCACAGUACAUUUUAAAAAU